AUGAACUCGUCCAUCCGAUCAACGCGUCGUACUAGCGUGCGUACCUCCCGCCGUCGAGGAUCUAGCAACGUUUCCACUACACCAUCGUCUUCUUCAUCUUCUAACGUAUCGAACGAGCCGUUAAACGCGCCCAAGAGCUCACUAGAAGUGACAUUUUGCUCCAUUCAGCGCGUAGCUAAUCGUUCAUUUUUAUUGCUGUGUACACCUUCCAAUUGGAGUCUGUACCGCCUCGAUGGCUUUAGUACAACACGUGAGAGCUGUACACCUGUACAGCUGCUACUAGACCCCAACAAAGAUGCAGCACGUCUCUCACGUGUCCGUUUCUUCCAUCUCUACACAUUACCAGCAACUUUAAAUGCUCUCGGAGCUUUGUUUGUAUCAGAAACGAGCUCCUCGUUGCUCUCAAGUGACGAGCACAAUGACGACUUUGUGUCUUCUUCUGCACUGGAAAUUAAAGACAAGGAUGAUACUGGACAUGAAGAGAUUGUCGUGCUUGCUUUAAACGAGCAGCGACUGCUGUACAAGUUACCACCUACGCCGUCUCUUGUGCUGGACGUGCAGACAAACGCCAUGACGGCUGCUGUCCUAUGUGAGACUCGAGAGCUUUUUCUCUAUGACUUGGUCUCUUUUAAACUCCAGCAGAUUAUUCACACAGCUUCUCCUGCUAUGGCUCUUGGACGGAGAUGGCUGAUGUAUCCUGGAUAUGCACCAAGUGCUGAUACGAACCAAUGCACUGGCCAAGACCAGAUAUUGUCUGGUCGAGGAGACAGCGACUCGGACUUUGAUGAUAUCCCGAUUGAAGCUCUUGUCAACAGUGGGAUGGCCGUAGAAGCUCGAGAUGCAUCUCAUAGCACGUCACCAGCCUACACAGCCAUUGAUGUAGCGCAAAAUGUGGCAUCGGGAUUGUACUAUUUGUCAAAAGUUGGACGUGCUACUAUUGCGCCGUAUAUGUCGUCCUCACCUGGCAAUCUCUCGAGCGGAACGCACAAUCAUCACACGCCGACAUCACCGUCUGAUCGUCGCAAUUGUGGUCGGUCACGAAAGUCAUCUUUUAAUGGCUCGACAGGUAGCACACAACAGCAGGUAAGGAAAAACAGCGGUGACGUAACAGCUUCCGCGUCGAAAAAACAUCCGGGAUGGGUAGUGGUGCUUAAUUUGGUUACGAAGCGCGUGCUGGCAAAUUUUCCGUGUCAUUCCACCGCGUUAGUAAACCUGUCGUUGGAUUCUUCUGGGCUCCUUCUGGCAACGAGCUCCACAAAGGGCCAAAACCUUCAUGUCUAUCGCCUGUCGCCACCGCUGCAAAGUGUAGUAAACAAGUCUGGGGCAACAGUCAAUGGGCAUGGAACACUGCACCACCAAUUGAUGUACAAGUUACAGCGUGGUAUCACCCACGCUAGUAUCCAGGAUAUUUCGUUCAGCCAGGAUGGAAAAUGGAUUAAUGUGACAUCAGCGCACGGCACCAGCCAUCUCUACGCGCUCCACCCCGAAGGAGCGCGCAUAAGUGCUGACACACAUGCAAAUACUGUGGAGAGCGCUGAUGAAUCUGACACUGAUACUCUUGGUCCUGGUUUCUGUCGACGUGAAGUAAACGAUUUUUAUGCUGACUUCCGCGCCCUUGAGACGCGGACGCAGACCCAGGUACUUCGAAUUCGUCAUGAUCUCAAGACUGUUAUCGUGUCUAGUGUACCUCCCCACAAGCCUACGGCGUCAGUUUCCUCCAAAUCACGCACAACGCGUUCAUCGUCUUCGUCAUCAUCUUCGUCAUCAUCGUCGUCUAUGUCGUCAACAUCUUCGUCAUCGUCCCCUCCCGGCGUCAUGUUUAACAGCCCAGCUACGACUGGCAGUAUGCGCAGUAGCACUAUCAUGGAAUCAGCGCUGGAUGCGUCGCAGGCAUUGCUGUCUCAACUUGCCACAUCCGCCAUAGAUUUUGGCCAUCAGCACUUUGAGAAUGACAUGGAUGUCGCUUCUCGUCGUCGUCGCCUGCGUCAGCGUUUGUGCUGCCUGUUUGCUCUUGAUGGUCUCAAGAUGUUGAUCUGCUGUGAUUCUGUUAUGAAGUUGUACGAUAUGCGGGUGACCGCACUUUCCCAACACAAGGCAGACCACGCCCGUGCAACAUUAUCUGAUCCAAGGACGAAGAAUUCCAAGUCGUCACUGUCUUCGUUUGGCUUCGAAGCCAGCGUGACUGAGCUCAAGUCGUGGGAACUUCUUGCAUUAGGGCGACGAAAAUCGGAACCUCUUUUACCUGUUGUUAAAGACGAAAACGGAUCAAGCAGCGGUAGCGCUAACGGAGAUUGUUAUGCCAAGAGUGAACUGAGAACGUUUGGCCAAAGAUCGCUACCGUUAUGGGCGCACCCAAAGGUAACUUUCAAAGCGAUCGACGAGGACCAUCCAGAAGGCCAAAUACUUGAAGUAAAGCGCAAGGGGCCAAAUUCGAAUCAAGAUCUCAGUACUAGCACCAUGUUGAUGGCUCCAGAGGGUUAUGCCAAUGGCGACGAGCAGCUGUUUGUGAUGGAGAUGGAUUCGUACUUUGGCAUUGGCGGUUCGCCAGUUUUUGAUGGCCGCGGGGAUCAUCCUGCGAUGCCGGAGAUUCUUCCACCGUUAGAUCUAGCUGCGAGUAUCAAUAUGGCCAUGGCAUCUUCGUUGUCAGAUACACCACCCAAGCCGGUUGCUGACGUGAAGAAUACGAUUUGCUUUAAACCAAUUGAUCAGAACUCAGUGAACGGUGCUGGCUUGGCUCAAAAAGGAAAGAAGAAGAAAGGAAAGGGUCGGCAGACGCUCACACCGCGGUCGUCUACAGAAACCGAUGUUGAAGUCAUCAAAGAAGGCAAUUCAACUGGAGGCCAGGCCUCAUUGCAGUUUACAAUGCAAGAUAUGUACUUUGCGAUGCCUAGUGAUGAAGGCAGCGGUUGA